AUGUCUCUCUCCCCCGAACAAAAGACCCGUCUCCUCGCUCGCCAGGUCCAGCGCUUCCAUGAAUACAGCGCUGGGACUGGCCGGCCCAACAGCAAGUUCAUCAAGGGCCCUGACGUCAAGCUCGCUGCUGCUCUUGAGCCGACCUUCGGCUUGUACGAGUCGGGCGACGCAAAGGCCACGCAUGAGUCGUGGCCGUUUUACUGGCAGCUACAUGGCAAGGGGCGCCUCCUUGCGCGAGACUUGGAGUGGUUCAGAUAUAUGGGCUACAAGCUUCUUCACAGUGGCAAGGUGGGCGCUUCAGACUUGCCCAAGGUUUCUUACGAGGAGCCUCCCAAGCAGAACUGGGAUGAGUUGUACGGGCCUCCUGCCCCCCAGCAAACCGAACUAGAGCGGGAGGCAAUGUGGGCUGAGACUGGGAAUGAAUCUUGGCCUCGAGAAAAUGACAAGCCAAAGACACAAGUUACAGUCUUUGAAAACGGAGGCCAAUACGGUCGGGAGUACCGACCUCCUCAGAAUCUGGCUGAUGGGUCUGAGGACGGCGAUCUCAUCACAUUGGCUACUGACUCUGCGCCCAUCAACAAGGCCCUUUGCGACUUUGAACCCCUGUGUCUCCUAUAA